AUGAGCAGCAAACCCUAUCAAUGCCAGCGCUGCCCUCGGGCUUUUGCCCGUCUAGAGCAUUUGCAGCGCCAUGAUCGAUCGCAUACCAAGGAGAAACCGUAUGCCUGCGCGCAAUGCCCCAAGGCCUUCACCCGCAAAGAUCUCCUGGCCCGCCAUGAACGGCUUUCCCAUCAGGGAACCAGCGUGGCCCGACACGAGCAAUCACCGUCGCCUGCUCAUCCAGUCUCCGAUGGACUAGAUGCUCUCGCAUCGGUAGUGGCCAAUCAUCCCCAUGUCAAUGGACUUUCGGGGGACAUGGAGCAGUUCCAAUCCCCACUUUCAGUACAUCGUCCUCCGAUGAUGGCCCAGAUGCCAAACCCCGAUCCCCCAUCCGCAGAGCCGACAACUCCCAUGCCGGGAUCCGAUUUUAGCUACUCCCUAGGCGGAAUCCCACCGGGUUCAUUCGAUGGGAACGACUUUACUUCUUUUUUGGAUAGUGUACCUCUGCCCAGUCACCCUUUUUCUCCAGCUUUUCAACCUCUGCCACUUUUCCCGUCCGUGCCAUUCUCUCCAGUUACAGACUAUGCGCAGUCUGAAAGAGACCCCCCGACGCUCUCUUCCCCGGCCUCCACGCCGUCAAGCUCUGUUUUACCUCGACAUGGGGCGCAAUUGCCAUCUCUUCAGCCGGAAGGCUUUCAGACAAGUUCAAAGGCUCGACAACCAACGGGGUUCGUCCUGGUCACUGCUCAAUGCCGGGACAAGCUGCUUCAUUCCUUGAAGGACUACUCUAAUGUAGUACCCGACCCGUCCCUGCCAUCGCGACAUGCUCUAUCUCGAUGCCUCACGGGAUAUUUGACGGGGUUCCACGAUCACUAUCCUGUCGUGCAUAAGCCGACACACGAUGUUGAGUCUAUGGGUGCUCCACUUUUCUUAUCCAUGGCCGCUCUUGGAGCUCGUUAUUGUCGAGAACCAGAUACCAGCAUGCGCCUCUAUCAGCUCGCCAAGCCGGUCACUAUCGAGCAUUUCCGACGGGUCUUUCAGUCGGGGACCACGCCGGCGGCGAAUGCAGCACUCGAUAUCGACACGUUUGAGACAACCCAGGCACUACUGAUGCUCAUCUCUGUAUCCUCUUGGUUCAUUAACGACCCACCCUAUCAUGAAGCGCUAUCAAUAAGAAGUAUGAUGGGCAUGUUAUUACGAAAGGACGGGCUUAAUCGCUUGCCUGAUCAUGACGAUUCGUGGGCCAGUUGGAUCUGGCGCGAGCGUGUCAAACGAUUGAAACUCAUUGUUUUCUGCUUCUUUAACAUCCACACGAUCGUGUUCGAUAUUCCUCCCGUGAUCUUAACGGAAGAGAUGACGCUGGACUUACCAUGCAGCGAAAAGGAGUGGCAAGCCCCCACGGCCGAGAUAUGGCAAGCUGAACGCCGACAAAGUCUUCUCGAGCCGAAGUUCCAGGAUGCGCUCUCCUCGCUUUUCUCUCCAAAUAGCGAGAUCGAGCAAUUCUCGUCGCUCGGCGGCUAUGUGUUAAUCCACGCACUGCUACAGGACAUCUGGUUCAUGACCAAGGCAAAUCGACUCGCUCUCUCUCGGUACAAUCGUCUCAGACCAGCGAUUGCUCCGACGGCCGAUCUCAUCGCGGUCGAACAAGCCCUCGAAAGGUGGUGCCAAUGCUGGGAACGGAACCAAGAGUCAUCGAUCGAUCCGCUUAGUCCUCACGGACCACUCUCCUUUACUUCCGCCGCUUUGCUUCGGCUAGCGUACAUCCGUCUGAAUGCCGACUGCGGGUCAACAAGGCAGUUGCAGACUUGGGAUCCCGUACAAAUCGCAACGAGUCUCAAAGACAACCUGCACGUCCUCCGCGGAGAUCGACUCACCCGCGCAGCGCUCCACUGCGCCCACGCCCUAAGUACCCCGGUCAAGCUAGGCAUCGGAUUCGUGGCCCACUCCCAGGUGGCGCUCUGGUCAAACCAGCACGCUCUCUGUUCGCUUGAAUGCGCCGUCUUACUGGCCAAAUGGCUCGAAGCAGUCACGGUUCCACAUCCGGAUCCCGGGCUGACGGAGCAGGAGGCCCGUCUGCGGGACUUUGUGCUGGAGAUGGUUAUGGAGGUGCAGCAUGGUGUCUCACGCGAAUGGCUACUGGCUACAAAUACCAGACUCAGUGUAGCGGUGACCCGUCUCUGGGCGCGCCUUUUCACGGCGGAUUAUAUCUGGGAGAUGGUUAAUUUGAUCGGGCGGUCACUGAAUAGCUAUGCGGAUUUAUUGGAGCGGAGUUCGGAGCCAAGUCGUACGAGCCAAUCUCCCCCAGUGCCGAACCCGCAGCCGCCUGUAGCCCUAUGCGUCCGAGCAUCCCUCGGAAACGAACACAAGCUUCCCAUCUGCAAUACACCAACAUCCAAAAUGCCAGCCCCAAGUCCCAUCCCAGCAUCCCCCGCCCUCCACGCCCUCCUCCACACCCUGCACGCCCGCUCCCUCGAACAAGAAAAAACCGUAGACUGGUCCAUCCUCCGAGACCAAGAAUCAUCCUCUUUCGACACCGUCAUGCGCGACAAGUUCAUCGCCCUAGACCAAGACAAAUGCGAACUAAUUUACCAUAUUCUGCGCGCCAUCAACGCGCGAACUGUCGUCGAAGCAGGUACUAGUUUUGGCGUGAGCACGAUCUACCUCGCUCUCGCUGUUACACAGAAUGCGAAGCGCGAUGGGUCCGUGGGUAAGGUCAUCGCGACGGAGAAGGAGGCUACUAAGGCGGUGGAAGCGCGGAAGCAUUGGGAGCAGGCUGGAGAGGAGGUUGAGGGUGUGAUUGAUUUGAGGGUUGGGGAUUUGAAGGAGACCUUGAAGGAGGACUUGGGGGUGGUGGACUUCUUGCUGCUUGAUAUUUGGACUCCGCUUGCGCUGCCGGUGCUGAAGCUGGUCCAGCCUUUUAUGAAGCCUGGCGCUGUGAUCAUGGCUGAUAAUACGGCAAAGGCGGAGGCUGGGUAUGAGGAGUUGUUCGCAUAUGUUGAUGCGCCUGGGAGUCCGUUCCGGAGGGUUACCAUGCCGUAUGAGGGUGGGAUGGACAUGAUCGUCUAUGAGUGA